UCUCUUCGAGGCCAGUCUUUGGGGUGUUUCCUAGAGCAUCGUGGACGGAUUGAACCGUAAAUCAGUUAGUUCGAUCGUCGAAGGUGGUCGCUUUUCGGGUAGAUACAUUUUUAGCCGAUGCCAUUACAGGUGGAAUUAUUUCCUAAGUUUUUUUUUACUUUCCAUUCUAUUCACAUUUGCGCGGAAUGUCACCAAAGGGGCAACGCAUGCGCCUAGAGAGGGAGAACCUGGCCAGUAAGUGGACCUGGGCAAAUCGAUAGGCCCCUGAAGACGUAGUUCACGCAGUGUUUUGAACGUGCCCCUUCGGUCCUGGCUGCGGAAAUUCCGACUUCUGAAAAAUGGGGAAAUUUCUGCGAGUCCUGCCUUCCACGGCGUGCCUGAAGAUAGUGCUGAUGCUCUUCAACAUCACGUUCUGGCCCAUUGGAAUAUUGCUGUUGUAUGCUGGAAUAUGGAUUCGUACGCAGCUUCAGGAUUAUGUUGAGAUGAACACGGAAGGAGGAAAGGCUGCAUUGCUCGCCUUGGCGUGUUUCGGUGCAGGGAUCGCUCUUAUCGCCACUCUCGCUGGAUGCUGCACAGCUCGUGGACACCCCGCUCUGCUUUACCUGUACGGUGCAUUUCUUGCUGUCGUGACACUUUUGGAAAUCGGUGCCGGAGCGUCCAUUUACGCUUACCGCAACUCUUUGACUGAAGGAUUUGAUCAAGCAUUGAACGAAAGCCUCGCCGUUUACGGAAAAAAUCAUUCCAAGAGCGUCCACGUGGACACCAUUCAGUCGACUCUUCAUUGUUGCGGCAACAGGGACUACACAGACUGGGCAACAUUGACUCCUCCAAAAGAAAUACCGAAAUCUUGCUGCAAAGUGCUAAACGACCAAUGCGAUACUCUUAACGUGAAUGACAUUUACACCCAGGGGUGCUACAAUCGUGUCGUGGACUUUAUUAACAGUAACAUCAGCCUAACAGCUGCAUGUGCAGUAGCCAUUGCAGGAUUUCCGCUGGUUGGAGUCUUCUUAUCGUGCUGCCUUGCCAGCAGCAUAAAUAAAGCUAAAUACGAACAAGUAGCUUGAAAAUCGGUAUUCA